GGCUAAAAGCAGCCAAAACGAGAUUGACUUAAUUUCCGGUGGAGGCAUGAACAUCGUAUUCUGUGUAAUCAAGAUUAGAUGAUGUAAAUAGCAUUGUGAAAAACGUCAGAAAUCACGACUCAAAAUGGCAGGCGAAAAAAUCACAAAUGGUGUGCCAUAUGGCGAGAAAUAUUCUAAAACAGAAAAGCCGAAAGGGACUUUUUAUUCCGUGGUCGCAGCUCUGAGGCCGUGGUCAUUCAGCGCUUCAUUGGUGCCAGUGGCUCUUGGAAGCAUGUUAGCGUACAAAGAUAGCGGGUAUUUUAAUGUGUGGAUAUUCAUAGUGACAUGUCUCACAGCCUUAUCGGUCCACGGGGCUGGAAACCUUGUCAACACCUACUUUGACUACAUGAAAGGGGUCGACGGGAGUAAGAGCGAUGACAGAACGCUGGUGGACCACAUCCUUGCCCCAAACGAUGUGGCCCAGCUGGGGGCAGCGCUGUACACUGUAGGGUGUGCAGGGUUCGUUCUCCUCGUCUACCUGUCCCCGGCAAAGAUGGAGCACCUGGCUCUGUUGUACUUUGGCGGACUCUCGGGGAGUUUCCUCUACACCGGAGGGCUAGGACUGAAAUACAUUGCCUUAGGAGACAUCGCCAUUUUUCUAACAUUUGGACCAGUGACUGUCAUGUUUUCCUUCCUCGCACAGUGCGGGAAGCUCUCUCUCCUUCCGCUUUGGUACGCCGUGCCAUUAGCACUGAACACUGAAGCCAUCCUCCACUGCAAUAACACAAGAGACAUGGAGACUGAUAAGGCCUCUGGUAUAAUCACCCUUGCCAUCUUAAUAGGCAGGACUGCAUCUUAUCUGUUAUUUGUACUGUUAUUAUUCUCCCCAUACAUCAGCUUGUUCGUCCUGGCCCUCCAUUACUCAGGAUGGUUUCUACUUCCUGUGCUGAGCAUAUUCCCAGCAUUUUCAAGGGAGAGAGAUUUUCGGGAGGGCAGGCUAAGGAGACUGCCACAGAAGCUAGCGCAACUAAAUAUUGUGUUUGGACUUUCAUAUGUAUUAGCUUGUUUUUUAGCCAAAGGAAGUAUGUUACCUGGAAUGAGACAUUGAGUAUUGAAGUUAUUAAUGGGGAUGAUGUGGUGGUGUGUUUACACAAGGAAUGUUCACAACAGUAUUUCAUGUGCUAACAGAAAUUAUGAAGAUAAAAUGUUGACUUUAUUAUUUAACAGGGUUUAAAGCCAUGCGCAUAGUUAUUAUUAUUAUUAUUUUUUUUUUAAUUAUUUUUCAACACAAACCAGAAAUGAAGCAUCAGAGGCAGGAUUAUUUCAAGUGUGAACAGACCAAGAUCUAUACUGACAAUUACAUGAAUUUAUGUUGUGGCAUUUCUUAAUGUAAUAAUUUAUAUAUCUCAGUUUAUUCUUCCCAUAUUGUAACUGUAGCACUUGCAAGGACUGGAGCACAGAUUUCAAAAUUUGAAAAACUGACCUAGAAAACCUGUGGCACUUAUUGUAAUCUGCAAGCAUUCUCUUUGUUGCAUGUUCACUCAGUAUAAACUGGUUGAGAAAUGCUGACAUCCUUUGUCAAUCCAUUUCUUGUCUGAAAAAAGCCGGGUGUAUAGGCAAGCAUUGCAGUAAUUAUUUUUCUGGUCUGUUUACACAAAGAUUUAAACUGGGCUUUUAAACUUGCAUUAACAGAAGUCUGUAUCCGCCAUGAAAAUAGAAACAUACCUGUAAUCUAGUUGUCUGAUGGUGCAAGUUAUCCCACAUUCCGGAUCAAAAGUUGCCCAGUUUGAACAAAGUUUUAUUUUUUAUUUAUUUAUUUCUUUUGAGGAGGGUGGGCUAUGAAGAGUAUUUGUUCUGUUUACUCAUUUCUUUUAUUAUGUCAUAAAUGGUUGUUCCAUGAAAUACUAAUUAACCAAAUUGAAUCUAAACAUCUUUGUGUUCCUCUGAACAAAAUGUUCAACGCUUUUUAACUGAGACGCAUUCGCUUGAAGAUGGAUAUUUCAAACAAAAAAGCAAACAUGUUUUCACAGAAUUGAAAAAUACAGUUUACGAAAUGUUUAUAUUUCUUGGCACAAACUGGCCGCUACUCGAAUGAUUCCCUAGGUUUUCUCCGAGAAUGACACCAAGAAAAUUGGAGCGUGUUUAGGCUAAGUGCAGUUAUGAGCAAAGUUAUGAUUUGGGAUACAAUAGUCACAAUAAACUGGAUACAUCUAA